UUCUUUUUCCAGAGGUGUCCAAGAUACACAGAACUGGAAAUCUAACAAGUGUCUCAGAAUUCUUCCUCCUGGGCCUCUCAGAUGAUGCAGAACUGCAGCCUUUGCUCUGUGUCCUCUUCCUGUCCAUGUACCUGGUCACUGUGUUGGGGAACCUGCUCAUCAUAUUAGCCGUCACCUCUGACCCCCACCUCCACACCCCCAUGUACUUCUUCCUCUCCAACAUGUCCUUGGUUGACAUCGGUUUCAUCUCCACCACAGUUCGCAAGGUGAUUGUGGACAUCCAAUCUCACAGCAGAGUCAUCUCCUAUUCAGGUUGCCUGACUCAGAUGUCUAUUUUCAUCCUUUUUGCAUGUAUGGAUUGUAUGCUUCUUACUGUGAUGGCCUAUGACAGGUUUGUGGCCAUCUGUCACCCACUGCACUACAUGGUCAUCAUGAACCCAUGCCUGUGUUGCUCCUUAGUUUUGGUGUCCUUUUGUGUUAGCCUUUUGGACUCCCAGGUGCACAAUGUGAUUGUGUUACAACUUACCUGUUUCAAGGAUGUAGAAAUUUCUAGUUUCUUCUGUGACCCUUCUCAACUGCUCAACCUUGCUUGUUCUGACACUUUCACCAAUAACAUAGUCAGCUAUACUAUCGGUGCCUUGACUGGUUUUCUCUCUAUCUCAGGAAUCAUUUUCUCUUACUAUAAAAUUCUUGUCUCCAUUCUGAGAGUCCCCUCAUCAGGUGGGAUGUACAAAGCCUUUGCCACCUGUGGUUCUCACCUGGCAGUUGUUUGCUUAUUUUAUGGAACAGGUCUUGGUGUGUACCUCAGCUCAGCCAUCUCACAAUCUCCCAGGAAGGAUGCAGCAGUCUCGGUGGUGUACACUGUGGUCACCCCCAUGCUGAACCCCUUCAUCUACAGCCUGAGGAACAAAGACAUCCAAAGGGCCCUGUGGAGGUUCCUGGUAGCACAAACUCAACUUAGGACCUCGCAACCCAUUUGCGUGUAUACUAAAAAACGUAGCAAAACUAAGUCUGGAGAUCUAAAAAUUCCCCCUCUCUCAUGA